UUCGUUUCUCUUUCAAAGUUUUUAUUUGCAAAUUAAAUUAUGUAAAUUUAACCAGAUUUGUCAGCAGCACUGUGUUCGUGUGUUUCGUAACAGGUUUCUAUUGUGUCGCAGUAUUUUUUUCUGCAAAAACGUCCCUGCACCUGUUGCGCCAAACAAAUCAUUUUCAGUGCAAACCUGCGUUUCGCCUUUUUUAUGCCCUUUACUUGUACAAACAGUACUCUGAGAGAGAGAGAACUAGCUGCCUGCAAAAUUUAUUGCGUCGAAGUGGACUAGACCUCGCAGCAGCAACGCCAACUCACAAAUAUGGGCAAUACGAGCUCAAAAGGCGAAUCUGACGCCAGUGAACCACCUCUGGAAGGUGGGAAACAGAAACAUCAUCACAAAUCCGCCACACAGUCAUCAUCUCACUCUCACAAUGGGAGCUCGGACGGUGGCGCAGCGAAUAGCGGGAGCGGCAGCGGCAGCAACAACAGUCUCAAGGUACAACAACAAUCGCAAACAAUGACCAGGUCGGCUUCUGGGGCAGAUGUAACGGAAAAGUACUUGACGCAGCUGGUGCCAGUGGAGAAGCUGGCAGAGAUCCUGCGGGAGCAGACGUCGGCCAAGUAUGGAAUCAAUGGCAUAGUGGCAGAUGUCUUCGUGUCACAAGUCUUUCCACAUUACGCCGAUCUGGGCCAUCGAUUGUUCCAGCUAAUGCACACGGCCUCCAAGGCCACGACGAAGCACUUGGGCACAGUCGCCUUUCGCCAGCAAUGCGAGCGUUUCCUGGGCAUCAUGGACGAUGCCAAGACCCUUGAGUGCUACAUAAAGAUGUACGCGCAGGAAGACAAUUCAGAUUUCAUAGAUAAGACGGGUGUGACUAGACUUCUUCACAUUUGCUAUACGAUAGCCAUGCAGCAUUCUGGCAACGCAGUGCUCUGUACAGCCAUUAAUCGCACAUUUGGCUCGGUCACCAAGUCCAUAUUUCUGUGCCACGACAGCCUCAGUCUGGGCUACGUGUGCCGCUGGUUUGAGCAGAACCUAAUCCGUCUUGUGCUGCUCGUCCACAAGUAUUGCGUGCACACGCUAUCCACCGCCUAUCGCGGCCUCGAGCAAACGUCACUAUCCUGCGGCAUUGAGCUACAGACUCCGGUUUUGGAGCAGCGCAAUCCUUUCACUGAUACAACGGAUCACAGCGGAAUUGGUUCGAACUUCUCGGACUCUCUGAUGCCACUGUCACAAGCCUGGCUCUUGGCUGGCGCUUUGCCCCCACUCUAUUCCAAGCCACAAACCAUUGCGCCAUCGCCAGCUAACAAAGCCAACAACAGCGCCUCGUCAGCCGUCCAAAUCUUCAAGGAGAAACUUUCAAUGAUGCCAUCCCACUGGACGCUGCUGUAUGAUUCCAACGAGCAUGGAGUGGGUGCCAAUCGCUUCUUGCACCACGUUCUCGGCUAUCGUGGGCCAACGCUCGUACUGCUCCACACAAAGGACGAGCAGACCUAUUGCGUUGCGGCACCCAGUGAAUGGAAGGAGACACACUUGUUUGUGGGCGGUGAGGGCAGCUGUGUCAUCCAACUGUUGCCCAAAUUUGUGAUACUGGAGAAGAAGCCCAAUAUCCUCUACUUGAACACCAGCAUACGAGGUUAUCCCAAGGGAUUGCGUGCCGGCGCUGAUCCUCGCAAGCCCAUCAUAGCUGUCGAUGAACAUUUUGAAAAUGUUGACUGCAAGGGCUUGGCUGCUGGUCUCAUUUCCAUAGAGGUGUGGGGCUGCGGCGACAAAUCAUCACGUGAAGUGCAAUUGGACAUUAAGAAGUGGCAAAUCAAGGAGGCCGAGAGACAGCGAACAGUCAAGCUUACAGCCGCCGACUGGAUGGAUCAUCCAGACCGAUAUCUACUCGAGUUGGGCGGCAGGCAGAACUAUAACAAUUAAUACGAUUUCCUUUUCUGCUACUACUGCAGCUGCGUGUAUGUGGGCAUGCAUAGUAUAUGUAUAUUUAUAUAUUAUGUGUCUGCCCAAAAAGCAAUUCACCAAGCGUCACGUCACGUCGAAAUUUACUGGGAAUUUCUAUUACAAUUAUUAUUCACACACGUAGCACAAGAAGUAAUCACUGGACUGAAUUUGUUUUUAAUUGAUGUUGAUUGAUAUUCGGUUUUACUUGUUUUUUCUUUCCCCCCUCUACUGUAUUCCAUUUUGAUUUAUGUUCGUAUCCGUGAAUUCCGUCUAUGCUUUUAAAUGUAUUUGUCUACUGUCUAGCCUGUACUUAUAGCUGGAGUCCAUCUAUCCAUGUCUCCGUCAGUUCUGUUUUUGUUCUACAUCUUUGUUUUAAAUGAUAAAAUGCAAGUAUUAUGAAAAAGGCCUAGAAAUGAUAAAUGCUUAAAAUAAAUGUUACAAACAAA